AGCCCUUAAAGAGCAGGGAUUACAUUGGCAACCUUCCCUUCUCCACACAUCACUUUCAAAGCUUGCAAGAAGGGACUGUUCUGAAAGGGGGCUGCCUCCCACCAGAAGUGUAGAGCAAGGCAGUGUUUGGUGCCUGUUGUAUUCUAUCCAGUAUCCUUUAUGUUUUGUUGUUUACAAGUUUGUCCCAGGGGGGAUCCUGUGUAGAGAAUGUGGGGGGUGGAGUCCGAAAGGAAAAGGAAGGGAAAGGAGGAAGAUAAAAUGGAGUUGUUUCUGAAUAUCUUAGUUACAUCUAGAUAAGUGAGGGAGGAAGCUAUAAAACAGUGCCUUGCCUCAGGCACUGCAUUACUUUAAGGACAGAGGCAACACCUCUGUCCUUAAGGGUUAGCUCUUGCCACUGAAAGCAAUCAUUUCCCGUUCAAAUGGAUCUGGCACUGUUCCAGUUUAGCUUCAAGGAUGUUUCUAAGAAACUUGGUCGUAUUCUGGACAAUGUGAACCGAGCCUAUGAAUAUUACAGAAAGGAUGACGGGAUCGACCCCGAGAUUGAAAAGGCAUACUUCCUCACAGCAUCCUGGGAAGAGAAGAGCCGGAGAUCUCGUUUUUUAGAUGAACUUACUGACGUGCUACAGGACAGCAAGUUCAAAAUACAGGAUUUAGAGAAAGUGUUGGAAUCCUUUAAAUCUUGGAGUGUAAUGCUGGGAAAUGUUGAACUAGAAGAGAAAGCCAUCCCAACUGAAGAUUCAAUUGAUGAGAUGAGGGAGUGUCUCACGAAGUCCAUUAACUCAAUUGAGGCAAAUGUUCUGCAUCUGUUGAAGACAUGCCGCCCAGUCUUUGAAGGGAAGGCCAAACUGAGACGGAAGUCAGCUCCCAAAGCUGGCCUGUUCAAGAUAUGGAGAGAGAAAGUGGCAGACAAUCCUCAAGAAGGUGAGCCCUUGACUCCAGAGAAGAUGUUGGAAAAUGAACCUCUUGCUUUCACCCGCAAUCAGGAGGUCACCAACUUGAUACAGGAACUUGUAGAUUCUUCGGUUUUAAGCAAAGCAGAGUCUGUUGUCAUCAGGUACAUUGUGGCCAUGGUGGUAAGCCUCUCAAAGGCUUUCAGCCUUCUAACUAGGCAGUGCCGCUCCCUCAAAAUCAAGUGUGAUAACCUGGCUGCCCUGGAAACGAAGAAACAGGACCCUCAAAUCAAACAACUGCAGAGGGAAUUGCGUUUGACCAUGGGGAAAAAGACAGCACUGGAAGUACAAAUCCAAAAUGCUGAAGAACAGUGCAAGGCCCUCCUCACCACCAAUGAGAUCUUGCAGAAGGAGUUGCAAGAUGUACGUGAGAGAGAACAGGUGACUCAAGUCCCCAUCAGGCCUCCUUUCAGCAGGUCCUUUUCUGAAAAGGAUGUAGUGAAACCACAGGUGGAUGUGAGCAGGAAAAAGGGUGAAAGACCAUUUCCAAAACUCCCUGCUGAGCAGAAGGCAAUAAGCCCUGCAAAGAGUGAGGACAAGUUGCCCAGGAAGAAGAGUGAGGAUAGGGCAAUCUCAGAACAGCAAAAAAGGGCUGAAGAUAGUGACAAUCAAAAGCUUCAAGCAAUCAUGGCUGAGGUAAAAAUCUCUCAAAGCCACCCUACAUUGAGAGCUCAAGACAGCAGAAUCAAAAUGGACACAAAAGCCAGAGAGAGAUCGCCAGAGCAGAGAACGGCCCAAAUGUCCCCUGACAAACUGGAACGACAACUUUCUGGCAAACUGGAACGACAACUUUCUGGCAAGGAUCUAACACGGAAGAAGUCCUUAAAAGAGGUGGUUACUGAUGACACCAUCAAACAGGUCAGUACAUCUAUUGAAACAGAACCAGCACAGGGAUCACCUGUAGAAAAAGCCCAUGAACUCGCCGACAAAUUGAGAGCAGCCCAGGAUGCCAGAUGGGAGUCAAAGCUAGCUGUCAAAAAAGUUAUACAGAAGUCCAUCUUAAAAAGCACUGAAAGGCCCAAAGAAGAGUUGUCAGGACAACCACCGGAAGAAAGCCUUAUAGCCAGCUUACCUGACAUGUCUUCUGAAGUUGAACAAUCAUCAAAAAAGUCAACAGAAGAUGCCCCCCUACCCAGACAGGACCCUGAGCCUCCUAGAGAGGAAUUGCCAGUACCAUCUGAAGAGCCAGUAAAACGAGCCCAAAGUCCCAGUACUCAAGGGAGAGGGUCACGUUCCGGCUCUAGGGGUUCACUGAAAUUCUCUGCACAAAAAAUUGUACAGGCUGUGCAAGCACAAAAAUUUGUACAGGUUGUACAAGAAAAAAAGGGUGUCAAAUUCCAGGGAGACAAGACGGCUCGAAGGCCUUCAACAGUUUCAGAUACCCGUGCGAUGCAGGAUGCAAGUCCACCGCAACAACCUAUACUGGAAAGAGCUGAGGAUACAGCCACUAUGAAACAGGAUGUUGGAGAGAUGCAGGCACGGAAACUAUCAUUGGGCAAGUCAAAAGAAAGUGGGAAAAAGAAAGAAAUGAAGGACCCCAGCAGAAAGCCAACAGGUGUGCUGCAGGCAGAGGACACCAGAGAUGUCAUCCGUAGUUUAGGCACAACAUUGCAGACGAUUACCAGAGAGAGAGGCGGUGUGCUAGAUGCAGAGACUAUCAAAGACAUUUUUGAGGAACUGAACGUAGCUUAUCAAGAUACCAUAGCAGGAGAGAUGGUUGGAAGCCUCACUGGAGACGCAGUUAUUACCAGAGUAUUUGCCGCUGCAAAAAAGUCCUUAAUGCCUCCUGAGGUGAAACAAGAAUCUGAGAAGGAUGCUGUUGUGGAAGAACCCUCUGGUUCUAUGAUGGAUGUUGUUGUGGAAGAACCGUCUGGUUCUAUGACAGAUGUUGCAGAAAAACCCUCUGGUUCUAUGACAUAUGUUGUUGUGGAAGAACCCUCUGGUUCUAUGACAGAUGUUGCAGAAAAACCCUCUGGUUCUAUGACAGAUGUUGUUGUGGAAGAACCCUCUGGUUCUAUGACAGAUGUUGCAGAAAAACCCUCUGGUUCUAUGAGGGAUGUUGUUGUGGAAGAACCCUCUGGUUCUAUGACAGAUGUUGCAGAAAAACCCUCUGGUUCUAUGAGGGAUGUUGUUGUGGAAGAACCCUCUGGUUCUAUGACAGAUGUUGUGGGAAAACCAUAUGGUUCUAUGAGGGAUGUUGUUGCGGAAGAUCCCUCUGGUUCUAUGAUGGAUGUUGUUGUGGAAGAAUCCUCUGGUUCUAUGAGGGAUGUUUUUGCGGAAGAACCCCCUAGGCAGGAUGUAGGUUUUGCCCUUCAAGAAUUUCAGGAAGCCAUCCUUGCUUGCUUAGAGGACAAGAUGGAGAAAGUAAGGAAACGUUCCUCAGUUAGCUUGAUGCAACCACUGAUCUUGCAGCCUACAGACCCACAAGCCAAACAACUCUAUCAGGCAAUAGAUGAAAAACUGGAAGAAUGCUUCUCCUCGAUGAAGCAGAGAUACUCUGGUGACCAGAAGGGAAAGAAGCUCUUUCAAAGCAUACAGAGCAAGGGAGAGUUGCCAGGGGAAGAGGAAAAAGAAAUAAAAGGUAUUGCUUCAUCUUCCUUUGAUACCUUAUCUGAGCUGCCCCAAGAAUUCACAGGCAGUUCUGUUAGGCUUUCCCAAGAAUGGAAGCAACCAAUGACAUCGGGAGAUCUCUUCCAUUUGAGUUCAUCAUCAAAACAGCAGAUCUCUGAGCACCAGAAUGAAGAGGAGUGGAAAGUCCAGGAGAAGCCACAGUUUCAACAAGAGGGGGUAUCCCAGCAGGAUGAGCUUAUGUUGCAAGAGGAGAAAGAAGACUUGGCCAAGGUUGCACUCCAUGGCCACAAAGAAAAAGAACAGAUUCUGGAACAUCUGCCUGAUGAAGCAGAUCAGCAGGUCAAGGAAUCAUGGUUGGACGAGAAAAGACAAAAGAUGAGGCGACUUUCUGAAGAGCAACAGAAGCACUUUCAGAAAGGGGAAGAGCUGCAGCAGGUGGAGACCCCACUGGAAGAAGUGCAAAUGCCAACAUCGCAGGAAGUGGAUAAAGGGGAAGGGGCAUGGCACAAGCAGCUCCAGGAACGGCUGCGGUGGGAGCAGGAGCGGCUGCAAGAAGAACAAGUUCGCCUACAGGAGGAACGCCAGAGGCUGCAGGAGGAACAGGAGUAUCUGGAGCAUAUGCAGGAAUUGUUUGAAGUGCAGCAGAAGCAGUGGGAGGGACAGCAGCAGCAGCGCAAGGAGCAGGAGCGGUUAUGGGAGGUGCAGCUGGAGCACUGGAAAAACCUGCAGAAGGAGCAUGACAAGCAGGAGCAGUACCUGUGGGAGCAGCGAGAGCAGCAGAAGGAGCAGCAGCAGCGCCUGCAGGAGAAGGUCCAGCAGCUCAAACAGCAGUAUCAGGAGGAGCUGAAGCGGAAAGGGGAGCAAGUGGAAGAGCAGUGGCACUGGGAGCGGCUGCAGGCGUGGCACGAGCAGCAGCUGCACAUCUGGCAGCAGGAGGACGAGGAGCAGCAGCAGAAGAGAAGCCAGUGGCAGCAGCAGCUGGUGGAGCACAAGGCACAGAUGGCGGCCUUGCAGCAGGAAUAUCUGGAGCAGGAACUGCACCAGAAGAGAGGGCAGCAGAAGUGGCAAGAAGCACGGCAGGAGCAGGAGCACCUCUGGGAGAAGAGCUGGCUGCAACAGCUGAAUCGCUGGCAGCGUCAGCUGCAGCGGCAACAGGUACAGCAGCGCAAGUGGCAGGAACAACAGCACAAGCUGCAGGAGAAGCAGCGCCAGAUACAGAAGGAAGAGAAGGCCUUGCCUCACAAGCUGACAAUGCUGCGGGACACAGUUCUGGAUCAGAUUGUCAAGCAGAUCCCAUUGUACCAAUACAAGGCUUUCCCCAAAGAAGGCCAGCCUCCAGGGCCCCCUCAGCUUACCCCGAUGCCUAGUAGUGAAUAUGAGGAUUCCUUUGACCUGGAGAGCCCUUGGUUUCCUAAGCCAGUCCCCAAAGCAGAGACAUUUCCUGCCCCAGACGUCACAGAGAAGCGCUAUUUGAUAGAUGUGGCAGCUCAGAGGAGAAACCUAGAGCUGCUGAGGGAAGCGGUCCAGAAGGCAGAGCUUUCCUCAGAGCAGUACACCAUUGCCAAGGGAAUCAUCCAAGAGGCAUUACGCAGCAAUGUGGAGAGGCUGGCUAUGCUCUUCCGGAAGUACACCGCCUUCUACCAUCUCCAGGCAGUCAGACGAAACGUGACUGCUCAGUUGGAUGUUGCCAAAGAUUGCAAGGAUGGUGUUAAAACUCAGAUUUUGUACAAGAUAAUAGACAAGUUAGAUGCUCACCAGAAAAUGGUUCUGGGGCGGUGGACAAUCAAGCAGAACGCUGUAGACAAGAAGCAUCGGCACUGCCUUGCAAAGAUGAUGGCCUUGUUUGCUCAGCUCCACUUGAGCACCAAACUCCAGCUCAGCAGCCCAAUCCCUCUGAUGAUCAAAGCAGCAGACAGCACCAAGAAGGAGGGCCUGCCCAUGCCCCACAUUGGAGCUGCCUUGUUGAAGCACAAAAUCUACCCAAGCCCUCUGGUCAGUGUGAAGAAACCUCAAGAUACCACAUUAUCGGCACGAAUCAGAGAGUCGAGUAAUGAGCAGAUUGAAUCGUUGUGGAAGACAGAUAUCACGGCACUGAGUAUCGCCAUUGGACCCAAAACACCAGUGUCGUUGAUGUGGUCUGAAGCUUACGGUUUCCCGGAUAUCCCUAGAUUUUUGGAACUGGACAUCAGCUCCGUUAGGAAGAAACCCCUCCAAAAUAUAAAGACCCGGAUUCAACACAUUCCCAGAUGGAAAAUAUCUGGAUAUAACAUCAUGAAUUUGUAAAUUACAUAGUUAUCAUGCAUAGAUAAAAUAUGUAAUUUAAUCCAAUGUGUAAAAAAAAAAAAAAUCUUAUGUAGGAAAUAGAGUGAUUGAUUGAUUAAGUGCUGUCAGGUCAGUGUUGACUCUUAGUGACCGCAUUGAUAGAUUAUUUCCAGGAUGAUCUAUUUCAGGAUGAAAUAGAGUAGCAUAUACUUUAUGUUGAAUCUGAUGCAUUCACAUGUUUUCUGGUAAUGUGCGGUUCAUAACUGGAGGACAGGCACUGUUUACCUUCUCCAGGGCUGGCAUUAAGAGCCGGCAUGAUUGGGUGGCUACUGAAGGCUUUCUGAAGAGCCUACUGCUGAUCCUCAAGAACACCUCUGUGCCCAUAGGCUUCAUGCAGUGAUGAUGGAGCAACUCUGUCUCAGGGUCCAAGCAGCUAGGAGGGGCCCCUGGAAGGAAGUUUGCCAAGGUCCCCUGGAACCUGAAGCUGGUCCAGGCCUUCUCGCUGGGCUUCUUGUCGCCACUAGUCAGAGAAGAGAACUUCAGAAAAUCUGAGCCAGGACACUGAAUGGAACUUUUGACACAAAGCUGUACAGCAGAACUCAAAUUGCUGCUUUUGUUACAGAGUAAAGGAAGGGUGAAGGUGACUUUCAGCAAAGAAAAUGUGAUAUGGAAGGGAACAGUGACUUGCCUAAUGCAUUUAUGACUAACAAACCCGUAUUUUAUUGUUUAUGA